UGUGCAAAUGGACCAAACUUAUAAAAGUGUGAAAACCUGUGACCCAUCAUCCAUUUUUGGGUGCAACCCCUGGGGAGCUUUGUCUGCCCUAAAUGUACCUGAAGGCCCUUCAAUAAACAGAAUUUUUUACUCUCCUAAUAUUGUCUGGACUCUGUUUUUAGGUAGCCUGAAAAGGCAUUGCUGCAGGAGCGUGGGGAGGGUUGCAGCACACUCUGAUCGGGUUCUCUGCUGUAGGAAGUUCUGUGCAGCUGGGGAAGGGGAAAGGGGAAACAGCCCCAACAGCCAGGGCUGGUCACUGUGUGGGAUUGCUGCACUUAGCCUCAAACUGCCAUUUGGCACGCUGAAAGUAACACUGACGUGUUUUGCUCUCACCCCUCCAGUUCUCCUUUGGUCAAGUUGUGCUGUUGCACCAUCCCUUCUUGCCGUGAGAAAGGCAGGAAACAAAGCAUGCAGGGCAGAGACGUUCCAGAAGCUACAGCCAACAGAACACAGGGAUGCAGGGGAGAUGGAGAUUUUCCCUGGCAGGGAAAGGAAGCAGGAGUCCAUCAAUCUGUCUCUCAGCAGCCUGUACCAGUGGUUCUUUACCUUACAGAAAUAUUUUGUCCCACUGGCUACUUUCAUUAAGAAAAUCACUUUUCCAGGCACAGUGUGGAGGAUGCUGGUGCCAGUGCAAGGUCCUUUGGAGCUCGUUGCAGGCAGCAUUGCAGCCUGUACAGGCAGCAGUGCUGUGCAGUGCUGCUGGGCCCCGAGAGCUGCCAGCAGGGAAGGGAGAAGGCAGCACGAGUGUCACCUCCACUGCGCCACACGGUGACAGCACUCGCGGGACUGAGACGGGCUGAGAACUGCAGAGGCAGGGGAAAUACCGAGCGAGCACCAUUGGUCCAUGGCAGGGCUGAUGAAACCGGUGAGUGCAUGGAAGGAGGGGACUGUGAGCAGCUGCAGCGAGGGUGGCUGAUGGGGAGUCGAGGUGGAGAGAAGGACGGGGAUCCUGAUGCUGCAGUGGCCAGGAAUCAGGCACAGACCCAAGAGCCUCAGCAGGAGACUGUGAGUUCUCCACAAACAGCACUUUGUCUAGCUUUGCCUUUGCUGCUGUUGAGUUUGCUUGGACACAUCCUGGUGAACCUGAUGCUCACAGGCAGCUGCUUUGUGUCUGGUGAUAUGGCUUCUCCCUCUCUUGAGACCUCACUGGGCUGAUGAGACCCUCAUCUGGCAGCCACAGCACGAAGCUGUGGGUGGGAAGCAUCACACUGGAGAGGUGCUGUGAGCUGAGCCUCUCCAGGAACAAUUUUAACUGCUCAUGGUUUAUACCACUAGUGAACAGUACUUGAGGAUGAUGCAAAGUUUUUUUUUAUAGUGGUGAAACUAUGACAACCCAGAGGCUGGAUGACUUGGAGAACUAAACUACCAACAAGGACAAUGACAUAAAUAUAUUGUUAGUUAGGGAUCAAUGAGCUGGGCAUACCAAUAUGUCAGUAACUACUUGUAAGCAUCCACCAGGGAGCAGCCCCAAGAAAGGCAAAAGCAGUCCCUGGAAAGCCAGAGGCAUGUGAUGUAUUCUGACUGUACACUGGCACAGAAUUAUUCUCAAGGGGUGGCUUGUGGUGUGCAGACAGACAAUGCAGAAAUACUCCGGAAGCUGCUCUAAGGUGACCUGGAAAGCGGAAAGGGGAAAUAUGUUUGCCCAAGACAGCAAUUCAAGGUACUAAUAUCAGGACCUUUAAGCUCAUUGAUCAACUUGUCUGAGCUUUUCUGGUAAAUAGGCUGUGGUGGGGAGCCCAAGAGCAGCCCCUGGGAUGCAGGCACCUGCAACCACAGAGCAGCCACAAAGCCAGCAGGUCACAGGGUCACAGCGCCACGUUUUCUCGGAAUUGCUGACUGAGAAGAACUAUGGAAGACAAGAGAAUUACCAUGAUUCAGAGUGAAACGCUUUAUAAUAAUCACAAAAGUGCCUGCAAACCACUGUCCUCACCUCUCCAACAACUGCUGUUAGGGCUGUUCUGUCCCAGGGUUCGGGUAGUGUGACAACAGACGCCACUCCUGCUCCAAUCCCAGCAGGGAUGGCACUGUGGAAGGCAGAGGGAAGACCUCAGGACCUUCCAGAGCAAUGGGUCCCCUCCAAGCACAGUCUGUUGGGCGAGGAGGGCCAACAGGCAUUGCCCAGUGGGACAUCAGGCAACGGGAGGUAAAGCAAGGGAAAAACCCAAAGGUAUUCCAUCACCAGAGGAGCUGCUGCAGGGAUCCAUGGCAGACAAGCCUUUUACCUCCUGCAGGACUAUUGCAGGCUCCUCAGGCAGCAGGAGGUGUAGAAGCCACACCGACGGUGAUGACAGAGGAAGCGCUGCCCUGCACUCAGGAGGAGCACGGGUGCUUUCUCGGCCAGCGUUGCUGCUCUCACAGCCAGCAGCAAUUGGUGAUCAGAGGACACCUCUGGUCAUGUGCAAGGAGCACUGCUCGUCGUGCCUGCACAGCGCUCCACGGCUGGGCUGGAGGAACUCACUCUCUCCAAGGACAGCAGGAGAACAGGACCUGUACAUUUUGAUACUCCCAAAAUGAACCGCAGCAGCUGCAAUAUCACAGCCUAUGAAAUAUUUUCGCUUGUCCAGCUGUGUGUUUACAUCCCAGUUUUGGUUUUGGGCAUUGUGCUGAACGUGUUGGCGCUGUGGGUGUUCUGUUGCAAACUCGGCAAAUGGACAGAAACCAGAGUAUACAUGGUCAACUUGGCUGUGGCUGACUGCUUGCUGCUCUUCACCUUGCCAUUUAAAACUCUGUCCCAGUUCCAGCACCUGAAGGUCGACGGGUGGUGCCUGGUUCUGGAAGGCUGCUAUUUCAUAAAUCGCUUUAUAAGCAUCAGUAUCAUCACCAUCAUCGCCACUGACAGGUACCUUGCAAUCAAGUACCCCUUGAGAUCCAAGGCACUGAGGUCGCCACUGAAGGCAGCUUUUGUCUCUGGUUUGCUUUGGAUGGUCAUCAUCUGUGAGACUUCCCUCAUUAAAAGGUUUGAGGACCGAAGAGAAGAUGAGUUUUGCUUUGAGAAAUCUUCUGUGACGCCCUCAGUGAUCACACUGUGUACCAUUAUCACAGGGUUUUUCAUACCACUGCUCAUCCUGAGUUACUGCUCCAUACAAAUCAUUGCAGAGCUCAGGAGGAAGAAGAACGAAAACAAUCAGAAUGCAAAGCUAACCAGGAAAGCUGUCUACAUUGUGUCUGCAAACAUGGCUGUGUUCAUCAUAUGCUUUUUACCUCUUUACCUCGGGCAUCUCCUCCGCUUCAUCGUGGACUCCAUCAGCUCCGACUGCUCGGCAAUACAGAGCAUUAACAACUUUGUUCACUUUGCCUCCGUCCUUGCCAACACCAACUGCUGCCUGGAUGCCAUCUGUUACUACUUUGUCAACAAGGAAUUUAAGGAAGCAUCUUCCAAGAUAGCAAAGUCCAAAUCUGAGGCCAGUGAAGAAGCUAAAAUUCAUCUCCCACAUGUAACACAUUAACACAAAACACGUACAGCACGUAUUUUAUAUUUGCCCUGUUCAACUGGGGCUCGCUAGCAGAGUUUCACGCUUGAUUUUUUAGAAGAGUGGGAUGGAGGGACAUUCUACUAAUGGGAAACAUUCAGAUACACAAUUCAGCUCUGAAUCAGACAACCACAGCAGUCCAGACCCUGAUCUAAUGAUCUCGCUUGCUGCUGACAAUUCUCUGCCUUAAUACAAAUUUGCAUAAAAUGAUAGAUUUCCCCUGCCAAAAAUCCCCUAGCUUUCAUUUUCCCAUGAAACCCAAAAGAAGCAUAGGCUGUGUAAAGGUAAAGGAUUGGGUUUUGUCUCUCAUCCCUGCUUUGGAUCAGUGUUUUUGCAGCUGUGGCUAAGAAAUAGGCUAUUCCAAAUAUCAACAAAUUAAAAAAAAUCAGAGUGAAAUCAUGCAGAAAAAGAAAGGAUGGUGUUUCUAGAAGUCACAAACAUACUGGUUUUUAGUUGCUAAUAAUGCACAAUCCCAUAGCAGGCACAUUUAGCUUGCUUUAAAGAACUUUACAGCAACGUAACAGCUACAAAAAGGUCACCAUUACAAAACAAGGUCAGAAGAAAUUCCAAUUGCUUGUACUGGGGAAAAAGUUUUCAUCAAAAAUGUUUGAGUCAAAUGGCAUUAAAAUUAAAUAAAAAAGUUGGUGCAGGGCAGUGGGAACGAGGACUCUGUAUUAGGACUAUAUUCAACCUUUUAAUGUAAAGGAUUGUCUAAAAAAAGUGGUAGCCAAGUUGUUCCAAAGAAAUCAACCUAAAUAAAGUUGUGUCACUAGCAUGGAA